AAACCUGCUCUUUUGUUGUUGUUGACAGGCAUGUUUGUUUCAUGAUGCGAAUGGGAAAAAUAAACCCCCCCCCCUUUGGGCUGUUUUGAUAGAGUCAUUGUACCUUUUGUUGACAUGUUGAAGGGGGUUCCCGCCCCCCUUAGCUGAGCCUCUUUCACUAACCAACCGACAAAGGCUAGCUUGCCCUUUUUACUUUUCCUUUUUCUUUUUCUCUCUCUCACAUUCAUCCCAUGACAGAAUACUUUGACGCCUCUUCUAGCUCUCUUUUCGCUUCCACAGAGGAACCCCAUCGACAAAAAAGCACUCUCUUGGUCGAUACCAGUAUCGCCCGUCGCUCACAAAAGCGUAAAGCUUCCUUUAUCGAAAACGACACGGACGAGCCGAUCGAAGCAAGCCGUCCUCUUGGCUCUACGACUGACGCAUCGACCCUUUUAAAUACUUUUUCAGAGCGUCCAAAGCAUGUUCAUUUUCAUUUUACCAACACUUCACCAAUGCCCACACCGAAACCACCCAGCCUACCACCACCCACGCAAGAACAGAGUCGUCGUUUUCGUUUGAUAAAAGAUGAAAGCCAUCCUCUUACUGUAGCCUCCAACGGGUCAUCCUCAUCAGCAGCAGCAGCAGCACCGACAGCGGCAGCAGCAGCAGCGACAGCAGCAACACCACCAGCAGCAACACCAGAAACAACCACCCAACGGGAUACAUUCGCAAAACUGUACGCCUCCACCUUCUCCACCCCUUCCACUCAUAGACAUGCCGUCGCGGCUGCACUACGGAGGCGAUCUUCUCCUUCCUUUAUCCGUACCGCUACUACGACCGCUGCCAGUGGCACGAACGACCCCUCAGCCUCACGCACCGUACCCUCCCAUCCAAGAGCCGCGUCUUUUUCUGUCGCUCAGCCAAGCGACUACUACCACGAGUCGAACAGCAGAAGCUCCUCUUUUACGCCGGACGUAAAGAAGGAUCAUCUGCCUCCACGUUUCCUUCAUCACCACCGAGACAGUUUUUUCUUCUUAUCUGAAACUCGCCCUACCUCCACAGCCACCCCACCCUCCCCCAGAGUCGUCGUGGGUCCGAGAUUCACGAUCUACGAUUGGCAAACACUCGAAAGAUUUUAUAUAGGUGCUCAACGAGAUAUUGACGCCGCGGCUCGCUUGUUUUACAACUAUGUCUCGCUUUUACGCACCCCUCACCCCCACCCACCCACACCCACGACACAAGUGCCCAUGGAUGAGCCAGAAAAGGAGGAAAAUCCAUGGCCCUUGGAAACCAUCCGUUGGCGAUGUCAAUGCUUGGAUACUUUUUCUAGAUAUAAAGCGGGUUAUUUACCCGGUUUCAACAACCAUAAACGACAAAGAGUCCUUCCCUAGAGGGAGAAAGGAUACUCUUUUU